AUGAGUGGUCCCCCCGCAGACACUUAUACCGUAAAGGUAGACCUUCAAAGAUCAAGACACCCCGGUCUAAUCACCAACAAUGAUGAUCACCCUCUAACCAACGGCCAUCUCACGAAUGGCUACCAUGGCGAUGAAGGCACCAUAGUGCAAAUGCACUUACCAGCCCACAGAGCCGCAACCAGUAGUUCUGGUCAACCCUCCACCCACACCACAACCCCAGGAGCAGGAGGAGGAACAGGAACAGGAACAGGGGGAGUCACUACCCCAAACCAGACCUACGUCACUGGAACAACCAUCAACGGCACCCAUAUCAGAGACAUUACCAUAAACGGCACCCACAUAACCGGGACCACCAUCUCGGGAACUCACAUCAGCGAAAUCACAAUCAACGGUACCAACAUCAUUCAAACAACCAUCAAUGGGGUUCCCAUCAGCACUAGCGGCACAACCAUCAACAGAACUCACAACAACAACAACAACAACAACCUGAACGGUACAUCUGCCAUCUCGAGAACUGCACCUCCUGUCGUCGACGAACAUGAAGCCGAAGCGGAAGCAGCUUUCGCAUCCACAGUCGCAGCAAGUGUAAUCACCUCCAACUCUAGAGGUAGUAACGAGCGUGAAACUGCGGUUGCCAUUGACGGACGAGCUGGAUCCACCAGUCUUGACACUGGAAUAACCAUUGUUUAUCCUAGAGCAAUGUUCGACAUCAAUCCGACUAGUCUUGGAGAUCUUUUGAGGAGGGAGUUUGGAGAUCCUUGGGAAAGAAAUCCGCCUGUUUGGGAGAUUGAGGUGAGUACCUACCUACCUACCUACCUACCCGGACCUGAGGUUUUGGAGAUCAAAGGGGUGGCUAAGAUGGAGAGAGAAAAGAGUGAGAGAGCUAUCUGAGAGUGGAGGGGAAGGUGCUUCAGAAUGGGAAUUUCAAGGUCACUGCGCCGAGGGCGUUGACGGGUGAGGAGGUUCUGUCUUGUGAAGGUUUUUGAACAAGUGGCAGUGUUGGACUGUUGGAAAUUCGGAGCAAUUGGGAUA